CGUCACGUAUGCUCAAAAUGGCGGGUUGUUGCGAGGGACGCGAGUCAUGAGUCAAGAAGUAGAUCAAGAAUAACACCAAGUUAUUGACUUUACACUGAAAAAUAAAUCCCUAGAGACGAAACAGAGAAUGUUAUGACAUCUUAGGACCUUGUAGGAUCAUCUACAAGUAGACAAGACGGGAUUCUAAAGGGUAAAGUUUGACAGAAUUCAUCAUGGCGGAGGACUAUAAUGCUGAGAUGUUGGAGAAGGUUGAAAGGAUGAGUAACCUGGAGUCUGUUGUCGCUGAGCAAAGAAUGAGAAUAGAAAAACUGAAGACGACUUAUGAAACACUUAAGAUAGAACAUCUACAGCUACAGGAUGCUUGUCAGAGAAAGGAUAGUGACAUCAUAGGUGCCAGAGAAGAAGCCAAGAAGGUCCAAGAAGAAUGCCAAGAUAUAAUAAAAAGGCUGAGGUCAGAAAGAGACUCCAAGAUACAAGAAUGCGAAGAACUUCGAACCCAGGUUGUCACACCAAGCAAGCUGGAAAUGAUGAGGAUAAAAUUGUUGGAAGAAAUUGAGGAACCUUACAGAGAGAGAUUUCAAUUAAUGGAGGCUGAAAUCAACAACUAUAGAAGUGAUUUUAACAAGUUGAGAUAUGAUUACUCUUUCUUGAAGUCAGAAUAUGAACAUGAACAGACACAACACAAGCAGAUAGUUGAGGAGCUGCAAGCACAGUAUGAGAUAGAUGUUACUAGUCUGAGGAAAGAAAGAGAUGCGUUAUUACAGAAACAGCAACAGGAGGUUCCUUCUGAUGCACAGAGAGCAAGAAAUCUGCAGAGGGAAAAUACGCAGUUGCAUAUGAAGCUAAAGAACUUGUUGGCUGAAUUAGAAGAAAUUAGAUCUCAAAGAGAAAAUGCAGGCUUACAAUCUGAUCAUGUCUCCAGACUUCAAGCAAGACAGGUGUCUGAGCUAACAGCCAAAUGUAAGUCUUUAGAAACAGAAAGAGAUUCACUGCAACAACAGUGCAAGACCCUGCAGACAGAACUAGAAAAGAAACAUCAAGAACAGGAUCAAUUAACAGAAGAAAUUCAUCAACUUGAAAAGGAAAAUAUGUCAAUCAAAAGCAAACUGGAAGAAGCAUCUCACAAACAUAAAGUUGAAAUUAGUAAUUUAAGGAUGAGUCUGACCAAAAAUAAAGGAGAUCUGGAAAGAGAACGAGAUGAACUCCAAGCUCAGAUUGAUAAUUGUAACCAUAAAAUAGAAGUACUUAAAAGAACUAUUGAUCACCUAAAGAAUUCCCUGGAUGAAAAGGAAAAAGAAGUUAGCAAACGAGUACAGGAAGUGAAAGAAAAAGAAUGGGAAAAAAUUGCACAAUUAGAACAGUCCAAAUUACAGCUGGAAACAAGCCUAGCACAAAUGGAAAGAGCAAAAUUAGAUUUAGACGCAGCUUGUCAAGAUAAAAUGGAAGCAAUGGAAGAAAAAGCACGCUUAGCCACUGAUAACAAGAUUCAAAUGGAAAAAGAAUGUAGUGUUCUGAAAUCACAAAUUAAAGAGAACGAGAAUCUUGCUAACGAGCUAGAAAGGGAGAAGGCAUCAUACCAAGAAUUAAAACAAAAACACCAGCAACUACAGAACCAUUAUCAAAGCGUAACGAGUAGUGAACAGCAAUUAAUGUCGUCCAACGAUCGACUAAAAAACUCCGUAGAAUUACUUAAUAACGAACUAGGGGUUGCAAGAGCAGACCUUCAAAGACUACAUGAUGACCAUAUUAAUGCUCUUGAACAUGCAAGACAACAGGCCGAGGAUGAAAAGACAGCCCUGGAAAAACAUAUCUCAGAAAUUGAAAAUAAACAUAAAGAAGCCGAAGAAAAAUCACGCAAAGGGAAUAAAAUCUUAGAUAAGAAACGAAAAAAAUACAAACAAGAAAUAUUCCAACUACAAGACAAGAUUCAGUUGCUUGAAAAAAAGGAACAACAAUUAAUACUGGAAAGAGAUUCGGAGAAAAGAAAGAGAGAACUGGAAGCCGAGAAAAAUAAACGGCAAUUGGAAAAACUCAGCAAGAAACAAAGUAGAUUUAGAAAUAUGCUGAACAAUAGCCAGCCGUUUGGAGGACCAGCUCCUAUUAUAAGUAGUUCUCCUUUACCGUUCAACGUUAUGCCGUUUAAUGUUACUACUGAACAGGAUCGUCAGCAGAGAGAUAUAGCGUUGGUUCGCGAACGAGUAGAAGAACUGGAAUCAACACAACGAGAGAUGAGUAACAUACUACAGGAUAGCCUACCAGUUACCUCAUGAUAUAUUUACUUAUCUUCUAAUAUUCUGAUUGACACAUUACAUGUUUGUUACAAUCCUCAUCUUGUACAGAGGCUUUGCACCGUCACGUGAUGGCAGCCAUGACAGGAGGCACAACAAUAGUCCUUUCCCCCUGGGAACUUCAAUUUCUUCCUGCCUUCUGUCAUAGCUGCCAUCACAUGGUGGUACAAAGCCUCUAAAGAGAGGCGGACCCUUUCAAUGACUUUUUCUACUUUCCUUUCGACUUGUCUGGUAAUUUUUCCGCGUUCGAAGGCAAGUCUUGCCUAAGUAUCUUCUCUAU